GGCGCAAGCAUUGACAGCAAGGGCGACGUUACGAGAAGUUACGACGUGAGAGCCGAAACUGCAAUCACUCACCAGACAUUAUGGCGCAUAGUAAAGUCGCCCUGCUACUCGCCGUCGUGCUCGGCUCCGCGAUAAUUGAAUGCAAAAUAGUCCUGCCGCACAAGCUCCGAUACCUCGAAAACAUGUUGAAUGCGGACUUGCUAUCGAAGGCCACGAGGAUGCGACAGCGAACGGAAGGCAACUCCGGUGGCGAGAACAGAGUCUGGCCCGUUCUGGGUUUAGGAAAAUACCAGGAUGAGCUACCGAGCGGCCCUCCACCUUUGCCGCCAUUUCUCGUUAAUAACAUCAUUCAGCGGCGAAUUUCAAACCCCAAAAUUUAAUCUUGUUAAACUCUAAGUUUAAUCUAAGUUAGCAAGUAAGUAAACAGCGAUACAUUCAUCUCUAGUAAAUCUUUUCUG